AUGGAAUAUGACAUCUUUAUCAAGGUAACCAAGCUAGUUAGAGGAAAGGGUUUAUGUGAACAGCUUGUUGGAAGUGCAGAAAAUAGUAAAGAAGAGGAGAAACAAGUUGAAACAGUGCUUAAUAAUGAAGAACAACCUAUUUUCCCAGCUGUAUCAGUCACUUGGAACCAGCAAAUUAUCCAUUAUUUACAAAUUGGUGGCUGUCUAGAAGACUUAGAUAGGUUGAAACGAAGGUAUUUCAAGCUACAAGCCAUUUCUUAUGCUUUAGUAGAUGGUAUUUUAUUCAAAAAAGAUUAUAAUAAUAUUCUAUUAAGAUGCAUUGAGCCAGAUCAGAUUGAAAUAGUUCUGAAAGAAUUUCAUGAAGGACCUGCAAGAGGUCACUUUGCAGCAAGAACAAUAGCUCUAAAAAUUAUGAGAGCUGUUUUCAGCUUAAUAAGUGCUUCCAGCACAUUUUUGUUUUUAGUUUUCAGUUUCAGUUCAGUUUUGCUUCAGUUUUCCAUAAGUGCAGCAUUGAUAGUCUCAAAGGUAAUAUUCAGAGCCAUAGUGCCAAACCAUUUGAAUUACAAAGCAAAUGGUGCAAACUCGAAACUUUUUAGAGAAUACAUUGGCGCCGAGUUCGAUAAUGUCAAAUUUUCCGACUUACCAAUCGAUCCCGGCACGGAAUUCCAUUUCAUUCUGGCCUUCGCUAUCGACUACACCCCGUCGGGAAGCGCUCCUAGAAAUGGAAAGUUCAACAUUUUCUGGGAUAGCGACAAUCUGAGCCCGAGAGCCGUGCAGGCCAUCAAAGCUCAACACGAGAACGUCAAAGUUGCUGUCAGCUUAGGCGGAGACAGCGUGAGCAGUGGCAACGUCCAGUUCAGACCAUCUUCUGUGUCGUCGUGGGUGAGCAAUGCAGUUUCUUCCCUUACUGACAUAAUUCAGCAAUAUCAUCUCGACGGGAUCGACAUCGACUAUGAACAUUUCGAUUAUUCCGAUCCCAACACAUUUGCUGAGUGCAUUGGGCAGCUGAUCACACUAUUAAAGCAGAACAAUGUAAUCUCCUUCGCCUCCAUCGCUCCCUACGACGACGGCCCAAUACAGUCCCAUUACACUGCACUCUGGAAAAGCUAUAGCGAUUCAAUUGACUAUGUGAAUUUCCAAUUCUAUGCCUACGACUCGAGCACCAGCGUCUCACAGUUCAUGAACUAUUUCAAUGCUCAGGAGUCACGGUAUAGCGGUGGAAAAGUGCUGGCUAGUUUCAUGACGGAGGGAAGUGGAGGAUUGUCACCUGCGAAUGGCUUCUUUGACGCGUGCAGAAAUCUUAGAGACUCCGGCAAACUCCACGGCAUCUUUGUGUGGUGUGCAGACAGCUCGCAGUCCAAUGACUUCCAAUAUGAAAAGCAAUCCCAGUCUGUCCUCUUGGGCUCCUGA